AACAGUUAACAGAGCUUCCCAACUCCUCCUCCAUGGCGUCAACCGUGCCGUUCUCCGCUGGCCUCGUUGCCCUUGGGUGUCCGCCACCACAGCGCCACAGCUGCGGGUUCCAGCGAUCUAUAAGACAUGGUCAGGUUAAAGCCAUGGCUGGAGUGAGCAUGGAUGACUUGGCACAGCCUCAAGCCCCGAUUGCAGUGGUUACCGGAGCAUCGAGGGGGAUUGGGCGAGCCAUAGCUGUGGCUCUUGGCAAAGCAGGGUGCAAGGUGGUUGUGAACUAUGCCAAGUCAGGCAUGGAAGCUGAAGAAGUGUGCAGAGAGAUCGAGGAGUCCGGUGGCACUGCCAUCACCUUUUCAGCCGAUGUCUCCAUUGAAGCCGAGGUUGAAACCAUGAUGAGAGCGACAAUUGAUACUUGGGGAACACUUGACGUCCUGGUGAACAAUGCAGGGAUCACCCGAGAUGCGCUGCUAAUGCGGAUGAAGCGGGAGCAAUGGCAGGAAGUGGUGGACGUAAACCUUACCGGCGUGUACCUCUGCGCCCAGGCUGCGGCGGCGGUGAUGAUGAAGAGGAAGAAGGGAAGGAUCAUCAACAUCGCCUCAGUUGCCGGGAUGAUCGGCAACAUUGGCCAGGCCAACUACUGCGCCGCCAAGGCCGGGGUGAUUGGAUUGACCAAGGCCAUGGCCCGGGAAUACGGUGGCAGAAACAUAAAUGUGAAUGCGGUUUCCCCGGGCUGGGUUGCGUCUGACAUGACCGCAAAACUAGGCGACGACAUCGAGCGAAAGGCGCUCGAGACAAUACCAUUAGGACGAUUCGGCAAGCCAGAGGAGAUCGCUGGACUGGUGGAGUUCUUGGCUGUCCAUCCGGCCGCAAGCUACAUGACUGGGCAGGUGCUCCCAGUUGAUGGUGGCUUGUCCAUUUGAGUGUAACUGAAACCGAACGGAAGCGAGGUUGUGGAAACAUAAAUUUCCCAUGAGAAACAAGGUUGUGUCACACAAAAUUAAGCACAAGAGGGCUCCAUGCAUUUGCGUCAGGCUUGUAGUCUGGAUGGAAAUUCAGUAGUAUGUAUUGGCCAUAGCAUAUACUCGAUUAUUUGGUUCAACCGGAAGUGCCCGAAAAUAACCAAAGUUAACAAAUGAAUAUCCAAGAUAUAUCGUGCAAGUCCGUCAAAUGUAAUGUUUCGUCUGACCUUUGUCUUUGACAUUUUUAUUUUGCAUCAAAGAGUAUAUGAAUUAGCAUGUUAUAGGC